AUGCGCUGCAGUAUAUCAAAAGAAAAAAGAUUGAUUGAUGGUUAUGAUAUAAAACAAAAUAUUAUUUUUAACAUAAGCUCAACUGCAUAUCUCGACAGUCAGAUUUCUUUUUCUUGGAAUGAAGAUGUUCGAUUUUCAUUUAGAGAGUUUCAUAAUUAUAAAAAUAUUUCUUCAGUUGAUUAUUUUUCAAAUCGUGUUCAUUCGCUUUCGUAUCAUUUGAAAUAUUACAAUGGUAUUAGAAAUAGUUUGCCAAAUGGAGUUUUGAGAAAUGUUCCUGAAGUCUCAUUAUUUGAUGAAAGCCCGUUUGAACAUGAAUUAAUUCUUCGAAUUGCUAAAUCAUUUCUAUUGAUGGAAACAUUAAUUAUAAUCAAUAGCCAAUCACAAAAGGACAAAUGUGUUCCGGUAUCAAACGACGAUGAUCAACGUUUAUCACUCGUUCAAUAUCCUCGUCGUACUGAACUUAUUCUUGAUGAUGCUCAUGAUGAUUAUAUCGAACAAUUUCUAUCAAAUGUCAAAGUGCGUUUAAUAACAAAACGCAAUCUGAAUGUCGAUUACAAAAGUUUAAAUGCAGCAACACAUCAUUUUUCAAGGGACGUAAUACGCGUCAAAAAGUGA